AUGGAUGCUUCUCUUCUCUUCCCGGAAACUCACGUGCUUGUAGAAAAUCCACCUAGUCUCAAGAAUACUUCUCAGAACCCUGGCGCAGUGCAAGCUAAGUCUUUUGCUGCUGUGGUUUCGAACAACGUUUGUAACAUCCCUCUCAGCCAGCUCCCAACUCCUUGUCUCAAAGGGGAUAGGCUUGCCAUAACAAUACCGGAAGAAGAAUACGCCCUGGGAGUUGAAGCUUGCAAGCAUCAUCUUCAUGGAAGGGUGGUUUGGUCCAAAGGAUCUCAACCCCUCACGGUCGUUAAUCUGAAGAGCAAAUUGUUAGAGCUAUGGCCUUCUAUUGGAAAAUGGGGAAUCACUUCCUUAGGAAAAGGCUUCUUCGAAUUCGCUUUUUCUUCUUUAGAAGAUGUACAUAGGGUUAGAUCUGUUAAUGCUUGGAGUAUUCCCAAUGGAAUCCUCAAGCUGUUUCCUUGGACAAAGGAUUUCAUUCCAUCUACGUUAAAGCAAACAUCUGCGCAAGUUUGGAUAAGGAUUCACGGUUUAUCUCAAGAGUACUGGAGACCAAGGAUCCUGUUUGCUAUUGCAAGUAGCAUUGGAACUCCGAUUUGCAUUGAUUCGGCCUUUAACAAGUCUGUUUUCGAACGCCCCUUUGGCCAUUUUGUUAGAAUUCUGGUGGAUCUGGAUCUUACAAAAGAACUUAGUUAUAAAAUUUUGGUGGAAAGGGUAGGUUUUGCUUUUUUUGUGGACAUUGAAUAUGAGAAAAUUCCAGAAUUUUGUUGUUUCUGUAGCAACAUUGGACACACAGUUGCAAACUGUAAAAGAAAGGAACAAGUUAAUGGUAAGGCAAGCACCUCUUUACAGAAGAAAGACAACAAUGUUUAUGUUCCUACAGGGAGGAAAUUUGCUUCUGGGGAAACUUCCAUAGCACAUAAAGAUCCUCAAACUGUGGAGGAUGGGACUGUUGGUGUGGAUGCUAAUGCUCAUGUUGAGCAAAUGGAAAAUGUUCAGACAAAGGAUAAUAAUCCGGUUCUGGAAGUAGCUACCAACGAGGUAAUCGUAGUUCCAUCUAAUGGAAAUUCCUUGGAUAAUGAAGGAUUAUCAGAAAGUGAAUAUGUGGAUGCCACUCAAAUGGUUAAUUUUGUACCUGAAACUCAGCUUGAUGAAAGAUUUAAAGAACAGGUAACCGACUUCUUGAAAGAAUCUUGGGAUAACAUGGCUGAUCUAGAUGAUCCAGGUGUAGAUCUAUUUCAACAGAAAGACUUUCAACUUGUUACCAGCAAAAAAAGAAGGAACAAAAAGAGCAGCUCUGCUUCCAAUACCAGUCAGUUGGCUGGUCACAAGAAUCUUACCUUAUGA